AUGGCUGAUACCUACGAUUACAUCAUCGUCGGCGGAGGCACCGCUGGACUGACGGUCGCGGCUCGCCUCAGUGAGGAUCCUCAAGUGACGGUUCUCGUCUUGGAAGCUGGUGCAGAUCGCUCUGCCGACCUCAAUGUUUUGGCCCCCGGACUGUUCCCCGCCAUGUACGGCAACGCCGACUAUGACUGGGACUACAAGACAGUUCCACAGACAUCGGCCAACGACAAAGUCGUCGCCCAUAUCCGCGGAAAGCAGCUGGGCGGCUCUAGCGCUAUGAACUUUAUGUUCUGGACGCACCCUUCCCAGCGAGACAUUGACAACUGGGGCGCUCUGGGAAACGAAGGUUGGUCAUGGAUGGAGCUGGCCCCUUACCUUGAAAAGUCGGAAUCGUUUGUGGCACCCUCGAGCCAGCAGACGAGCGAUCUCCUGCUCGACUACGUUGACCCUAGCGUCCAUGGUACCGCUGGGCCCAUAGCCAAUGAGUUCCCACAACUCUAUAGCCCCUUUCUCCAAGCCUGGCCACGAACUCUUGAGAAGCUUGGGCUCGGUGUCAACGGCGAUCCUCGUGAUGGUGUGGCUUUGGGAGGCUAUGUCAACCAACUCAAUAUCGACAAGGGCACGAGAAGCUACGCCGCGAACACUUAUCUUGGCCCGGCACGUCAACGGGCCAACUUAAAAGUGGUCACGGACGCUUUGGUAACCAAGAUUUUGCUGGAGAAGACGCGUGAUGGAGUCUUGGUCAAAGGGGUGAAGUGGUCGCACGGUGGAUUGGAGAAAGAAGCUGCCGCAAAGAAGGAAGUGAUCGUCGCCGCCGGUUCCAUUGCCUCGCCGCAGCUUCUCGAGGUCUCCGGUGUGGGAGACCACAAACUCUUGGAAAGUCACGGCGUCGAGGUUUUCGCUGUCAACCCCAAUGUCGGCGAGAAUCUUCAGGAUCACGUUUACGUUCCCCUCGGAUUCGCGGUGAAGCCCGGCGUACCUACCAACGAGGACUACACCAACGCAACCUACUUCCAAGAACAGCUCGGCCUGUACCUUCGAAAUAAGACCGGGCGGCUGUCCUCUGCUGGCGCCAGCUCGGCACUGCUGUCCUUGCAGCAGAUCGCCUCCACUCUAGACCUGUCUUUGCCUUCACCGAAGACCAGCCUCCCUGGCUUGGUCGAACAGCACAGGAUCACCUUCCGAGACCUCAAAUCCGAAGCCAUUGCCCAAGAGCUGACGAUCGAGGGCGGUAUUUCACCCCAGUUCUCCGCCGAUACGACCAAGCUCUUCUCGGCGGGGUCACCCGGCAACUUUCUCUCCAUCCUAGGUGUCCUGGAGCACCCCUUUUCGAGAGGCUCAAUUCACAUCCAGUCCGCCGACGCAGCGGUUCACCCAAUCAUUGAUCCACGCUACCUCUCCCAUCCGCUCGACAUACAGCUUUUGAAAGCAAUCACGCUUCAUCUGCAGACCGUCGCGCGGACACAACCGCUGAGCGACUUGCUCCAAGGUGAAGGCACCGUAUUCCAGCCCGGGUACCACGAGCUCACGGCCGCAAACGUGGAAGAAUGGAUUAGGGGCAGUAUGCAGAGUGAGUACCACCCCUGCGGCACCUGCGCCAUGUUGCCUAGGUCAAAAGGUGGUGUGGUCGACGAGAGGUUCAGGGUAUACGGGGUCAAGGGGCUGCGGGUGGUCGACGCCAGUAUCUUCCCGCUGAUUCCGAGGGCCAAUAUCCAGUCUGUGGUCUACGCGGUGGCGGAAAGGGCAGUUGAUUUCAUCAAAGAGGAUGCCCUCUGA